AUGAGCACCGGAGCCAGAAGCGCCGGGGCCACUAGGAGUGCCAGACCCAGAGCGAGCGCCAGAUCCAGAGGGGGCGACAGAUCCCGAUUGAGCACCCGAACCAGAAACACCGGAACCACUAGGAGCAACAGAUCCAGAUUGAACGCCGGAGCCAGAAGCGCCGGGGACACUAGACCCAGAUUGGGUGCCAGAACCAGACGCGCCGGAGACAGAAGCGCCGGAGCCACUGGGAAUGGCAGAGCCGGAAUGAGCACCGGAGCCAGAAGCGCCGGGGCCACUAGGACAACAGAUCCCGACUGCGCACCGGAGCCAGAAGCGCCGGAGCCACUAGGAGCGACAGACCCAGAUUGGGUGCCAGAACCAGACGCGCCGGAGCCAGAAGCGCCGGAACCACUAGGAAUGACAGAGCCGGACUGCACACCGGAGCCUGAAGCGCCAGAGCCACUAGGAGUGCCAGACCCUGAGCGACCUGAAACGCCGGAGCCAGAAGCGCCGGAGCCACUAGGAGCGACAGAGCCAGAGCGAGCGCCAGAUCCAGAGGGGGCAACAGAUCCCGACUGCGCACCGGAGCCAGAAGCGCCGGAGCCACUAGGAGUGCCAGACCCAGAGCGAGCGCCAGAUCCGGAGGCCAGAAGCGCCGGAGCCACUAGGAGUGCCAGACCCAGAGCGAGCGCCAGAUCCAGAGGGGGCGACAGAUCCCGAUUGAGCACCCGAACCAGAGACACCGGAACCACUAGGAGUGCCAGACCCAGAGCGAGCUCCAGAUCCAGAGGGGGCGACAGAUCCCGAUUGAACACCCGAACCAGAAACGCCGGAACCACUAGGAGCAACAGAUCCAGAUUGAACGCCAGAUCCAGAGGAGGUCACAGAUCUCGAUUGAGCGGCGGAACCAGAAGCACCGGAGCCACUAGGAGCGACAGACCCAGAUUGGGUACCAGAGCCAGACGAGCCCGAGCCAGAAGCGCCGGAGCCACUAGGAGCGACAGACCCAGAGCGAGCGCCAGAUCCAGAGGGGGCAACAGAUCCCGACUGCGCACCGGAGCCAGAAGCGCCAGAGCCACUAGGAGCGCCAGAUCCAGAGGAGGUCACAGAUCUCGAUUGAGCGGCGGAACCAGAAGCGCCGGAGCCACUAGGAGCAACAGACCCAGAUUGGGUGCCAGAGCCAGAAGCGCCGGAACCACUAGGACAACAGAUCCCGACUGCGCACCGGAGCCAGAAGCGCCGGAGCCACUAGGAGCGACAGACCCAGAUUGGGUGCCAGAACCAGACGCGCCGGAGCCAGAAGCGCCGGAACCACUAGGAAUGACAGAGCCGGACUGCACACCGGAGCCUGAAGCGCCAGAGCCACUAGGAGUGCCAGACCCAGAGCGACCACUAGGAGCGACAGACCCAGAUUGGGUGCCAGAACCUGAAGCGCCGGAGCCUGAAGCGCCAGAGCCACUAGGAGUGCCAGACCCAGAGCGAGCGCCAGAUCCAGAGGACCCAGAGCGAGCGACAGACCCAGAUUGGGUACCAGAGCCAGACGAGCCCGAGCCAGAAGCGCCGGAGCCACUAGGAGCGACAGACCCAGAGCGAGCGCCAGAUCCAGAGGGGGCAACAGAUCCCGACUGCGCACCGGAGCCAGAAGCGCCAGAGCCACUAGGAGCGCCAGAUCCAGAGGAGCCAGAAGCGCCGGAACCACUAGGAAUGACAGAGCCAGAUUGGGUGCCAGAACCUGAAGCGCCGGAGCCUGAAGCGCCGGAGCCACUAGGAGCGACAGACCCAGAUUGGGUGCCAGAACCAGACGCGCCGGAGCCUGAAGCGCCGGAACCACUAGGAAUGACAGAGCCGGACUGA